AGUUACAGUGCAGGGCAUGGAAUUUGGCGAGCUGAGAACGUUAAGAGAACUGCAUUACCACUCUGCGCUGGAAGUAGCGUCAACAGCUUUCUCUUUGGUUACUUCCGCGUUUAUAUUCACUCGCAUUUGAGACUGCAAAGGACGUUGCGAUCGCGUUGUCUACUUUUCUUUCCGCGUUUUACGGAUAUUUUGAUUAUUGUAGAAAUCGAAUUUGGCAAAGAAAUGUAAUCAUGCGAUACUGUUCAGGACAUAGCCUACAUAUUCUCAGUUUUUCCAGAUUUUAUCCGUAAAGCUAAUGCACUUGCAAGUAAAUAAACUACUUCUAAUAAUAAACUUGCUAGCAAAUAAACAAGACAAAUAGUGCUAUAGCUCUACAGUUUGUUAGAUUAAUACCGCCACGGGAGCAGAUAAAACAACAGCCUAUUCAUUACGCAGAUCUAGUAGUCGUUCCUUUUCAAGGUGUUGCUGUCGGCGUCAUGAGAAGAAUUGUUAAAGUUGUUCUCCAGAUAACAUGUCAGUUAUUGUGGCUUGCUGGGCUGGUGGUGGGCCUUAGUGGCUUGUACCUCCUGCUGAACUACAGGCACAACAGGCUCUUCUUCCGUGACAUCUAUAUCAUCCUCCCUGCUGUAAUGGCCAUAGCAAGCGCAGUGGUCCUUCUCAUCAGUGGGAGCAUCGGCUGCUGGGUGUCUGUCAGAGAUUCCACCUGCCUGCAGGGUGUGGUAGGGAUCAAAGAAGGGAUGAACAGAGCAUUUGUGUAUCUGCUCAUCAUCAUAUUUUGUCUUGAGGCUACAGCUGCAGCAUUGGCUUAUGCAAACAUAGGAAAGGUUCAUUCAGAGCUUGCACCAUUCCAGAAUAUAUUUAAGAAUUACAAUGGAAGCAGUCAAGAUCCUGAUUCUAAUGCUGUGGAUUCCAUACAAGAAGAGUUGCAGUGCUGCGGAAUACAGAAUUACACGGACUGGCAGACCACCACCUGGUUUAAUCAUAGGGGAAAUCUGAGCGUGCCACAGAGCUGCUGCAACUCCACCUUCCACACCUGCCACGGCACUCUGGAUCAAACAUACAUGCUGUAUCCCCAGGGUUGUCAGGUGAAACUGGAGGAUGCCAUUGGUUUUAUUCUACAUCUUAUCAUAUAUUCUACUGCAGCAGUGGCUGUGGUACAGAUUAUAGGGCUGGUCAGUGUGGCCCAACUGAUGAGACAGCAGCCUCUCCAGGGGUAUCAAAUCCUGGAAAGGAACACCAUAAAUUAGAUAAGUAUUAGCCACUUCAGGAAUCCUGAAAUACUGUAUUAGUCUUGUAAACAUUCAGGAUUUUAGAUACAAAUAACUUUGGGUCCCAUUCUCAUAUACAUUCUUGUGACUGUUCCAAAAUCUGGAUUAGAUAACACAUAUUCAAAUCAUCAUACUGAAAAAAAAAAAACAACAAAUACAAAAUAAUAGAUGUUGCUGUGAAUAUUUGAAUAUAUUUAUUGCCAAAUAUUUUCACCCUCUGGGUUGAGUUUUAAGUGGAUUAUACAUGUUUAAAUUCAAUUAAGAAUUACUUAAGUAACACUUACUUGACUGUUUAGAAAGUUGUGAUAAGUACUAAGAGCUAAAUGUUGUAUUUUCUCCUCACAAACUGUCAAUUUACAGUGGGUAUAUUUCUUUCAAUAAGAACAGCAAGCAAAAAAUGGAAACUGCCUUAGAAGUUAUAUUCAUUAAUAGAACCCACGAGAAUAACUGCUUAAUACAAUAUAUUUAUUGACUAAUGUCUUUGUUGACUUCUAAAUCCUCUAAAUCAGUGGUGUCAAACUCGUGCCAUGGAGGGCCGUGUGUAUGCAGGUUUUCAUUCCAGCCUCAGAUCUUGAUUAUAUAAUUAGUUAAAUUAUUUGCUCAAUUAGAAAUGCAGGUUUGUGCACAAUGGUGACCCGACGUCUAUGGUGACCCGCAUUGUCUAAAUAAAAAUUUUCUUAUAUUCUGUGCUUCAAUGCAGUUAAACGCAUAUGGCUGAAUGAGUAAUUGGACUCAAUUAAGGCAGCAUUAAUUGGUUGGAAUGAAAACCUGCAUACACACGGCCCUCCAUGGCACGAGUUUGACACCACUGCUCUAAAUGUUCACCAUUACGCCAGAUGUGGUUUCAAUUCAUAAUUUUGCCAUGCUAAGAUUCUUGAAACCCUUCCUACUUGGUCUUAAGAUGCAGUUUCUUAUCUCUGCAAAUGUCUUAAAAUGUUACUGCAUAGCUUCACAUUAAAACACAGAAAACUCCUUGGAA